CAACAUGCCUUCCCUUGAGAGGUUGCCACCUGAAAUUCUCCAAGAAAUUGUGUCGUACCUCCACGAUGGCUAUGAGCGACAUCGCUUCGGUGGAUACGAUCCUCCUCUAGGCCAACAUGAGAUAACAGGGAUCAAGCGACGCUCGUACUUAGCAUCUCUGCGUGCCGUAAAUCGUCUAUUCUGCCAGAUCGUCACACCCAUUCUCUUUCAGCACGCCAUCAUUUACUCCGGUAGUGUCAUAACAAGAUGGGGCGUAACCGCCGUCACCAGCAAAGGCGUUACCGGCACUGCACGUCUUGUAAAACUCUCAAAGGAUCCUUCACUUCGCAAAAUCGUCCGCCGUCUGGAAAUUUGCUUGAAAGUGCGGGGUCCGAAUGAUUUCCAAGAUUACAAGCCUGCGAUUGAGGAGAAAGAUAAGGACCUGGAAUAUCUUGCACGAUUAGGCGCUGUGAUUCACAGUGCACUACCGAAAUUUCCGAAUCUCAAGGCUCUGAAGCUUAACUUUGAGGAUAUUCCUUAUAAUUUCAGACAAGACUUUGAUGACCCGGGUCAGGGCAGUUGUUGUUGGGUUCAAGACACUCAGAAUUUCUUUGAGUCUCUAUCAACUGCUCUCUACAGAUCUGGACUCAAGAAUCUGGAAGAACUCGACCUCUCCUUACCUCUCGCCUAUGACUUUGGGCAUUUUCUUGACGAUGAUGAAGAUGGAGGUCCUCACUCCCCAAAGACAUUCUUCAAGCAACUCAAGCGUCUGAGUGUUCACUAUGGACACUGUACUGAGGAAGACGAAGACUUGGAAUUUCGGUAUAACCAUUCUAAUGACAAGUACGAUAAAUACGUCCGACAGUUGAUUCCACUAGCGACAAAUCUGAAUACCCUCAAGGUGAAGGGACCCGAUGUAUUGGUGCUGGACUCAUCAGCCCUGGAUCCCUUGAGCCUGGAAGUACUGGACUUGCAGAGCCUAUCCAUAACGGGGGAAGCACUCAUAUCUCUCUUCGAGCGGUCUACAGCUCUGCGAGAAGUUGUACUCAUGGGAGUCUACCUCGAGUCCGGCACAUGGCAAGAAAUACUCACAACCUUGAGCAAAACGACGCUUACAGCAUUCUACAUCGAAACAUGCGGCUAUCAAAAAGAAGGCGACACUAUACUACAUGUCCCCGUCAACCUAACCACCCAAGCCAAUGAGGACGAUAGUUAUAUCGAGACAAAUCGCACCGAAGACAUCGACGCAUGUGAAUUGGUCUUUGCGCGAGUCCAUGAGAAUAUGCGCCAGAUACACGGGAGUAAAUACGAUGAAGCGGCAGCUGAGAAGAAGAGGCAAACUCUGCACGAGGAUAUUAUUCGGAAGACAGGAUCGCUUGGGGAGUUUUGUCGAAGGUUCUUUGCGGAAAUAGAGGAGGAUGAGGAUGAUAAUUCUUCUGAGAUGGAUUCUUCUGAGGAUGGGACAAAUAUAGCUGAUUUCCUGGAGAUUGCGUUUGGUGGGCGUCCUGGGGAUACCUCUGAUGACGAAGAUUCGGACCUUGACUCUGAUGACUCUUCAGAUGUUGUUGAUUCGUCGGAUUCGGGUUCAUCUGACGACGAGUAG